CAGCGAUGAUGCAUUUAAAUAUCACCCGCUGACACAGGACCAUUUUCUCCAGCUGUCAAACGAGAGACGAAUAAACCUUUAUUAAGCGUGUGUGUGAGAGGGCAUUUGACUCAAAAAAAAAAAAAGUAAAAAGAAAGAAAGAGAAAAUAUAUGUAUAUUUAUAUAUGUUUAUAUAUGGACCUAGGAAAGUACCACAUAAACAUCUGCGUUGCCCUUAACUUAAAGAAAAUUGCCGCAAGUAAAGCUACGGAAAUCAAGCACCUUAGUACGAAAAAAUGUACAUAUAUAUAACCGAAAAUUUGACGACAAAGAAAUUGAACUUUUAUCAAUGAAUUAAAGAAAAUAACAUUGUGAUUCUUUUCUGUGAUGCAGUAAGGAUGUCACCCCUGACUUUAUCUUGACGUCACGGCAGAUAUACUUCGCGACUACGCUGAUCGAGAUGCAGUAUUCUCAUUUUUUAUAUCCCAUAUAUGUGUCUUUUAGAGAAAUGUAAAGCCUACAAACACCGGAUCAACUUGGAAAAAAACAAACCUAUUGAAGAGAUGAAUCAGCAGUCUGUGAAAGCAGAGAAGAACCAGAACAUGGUAGUUCCAAGCAAGCCCAGUCUUAUAGAUUUACCUGAGGAUUUGCUCCUGUGCAUAAUGGAACUGUGUGACCCCCAUGACCUGGCUAUGCUGGGCGAAACCUGUACACUUCUUCAUACUUUUAGCCAGUACGACUUUCUGUGGAAACGUUUUUGCGAGAAAGCCAUUAAUGUUAAGGAUCCCGACCUUGGAGAAGUUAAUAGUUAUAGAGAGCUGUACACUACUCUGCUGCACAGGUAUGGAGGGAUGAUAGGCCUUUACCAGGUCAUUGCCGGUCCCUUCGGAGGCCUCACAGAAGUACGGUAUUCACGCGGCACUCUAGAAGGCAUUACCUGGGACCCAGAAUUCGUUGACUCUCCACUGAAAGCCAAUGUUUGUUUUUCUCUUAGAGGUGGCAACAAAUACGCACAAUGUCUCUGUCUUCCAUUCAUGGCUCCGCAUUCUAGCAUCAUUACACUCGAAAAGGAUAGUGGCAGAUUUUCCCAUCUGUGUUUCAGCCCCAAGGAUCACGCUAAAGCAGUCUGGAAGGACUUUCAGUAUCAACAUGAUUUCGAUUUCAUUCAUAGAGAGGAACUCUUUCGUCGAUUUAAGUCGAAAAUCUUCAAGCUAAUGCAAUCGCACAGUCAUGAGAAAAAACUGCUUUGUCUCAGCCACUGUUAUGACUUUCGCCUGGUCCACAAGCCCCUUGUUCUGCCUCAUGCAAAUGACAUUCCCGAGAGCCUGCUUAUGCCAGAUGGAUCUUGCCCAAAGCAGCUCAUUGCUCCAGGGUUGUUCACAGGAAAUGGCAUCUUUCUUGGGACGCAGUUGUUUGUUUUUAAGUACAGGAAUGAAAAAGAGCUUUGCGCCUUCAAGGUGACAGGAGACGAUAGUGUCCCUGCAGAAGAACUAUACUUCACUGCUAUGCUGGAAUAUCCAGUCAGUCCCAUCAGUGUCAAUGACCAAAAAUUUCACUUUUAUGAAGAGCUGUUGGAUCUAGAAAUGAAAAAGGGUCGAAUAUCAGAUAUCUCAGAGCAGUCUUUUAGAUUACCCCUAGGCACUCCACUCUCUGUCUCAUACGACAAGUGUUACGCAAGAUACCAUGGAAAAGGAGUAAUUAACUGCGUGGAAUCCUGGUAUGAAUGUUCACUCCACGUUAUUGUUUUUGAUCCUGACACUGUGUGUGUGCUUUGGCUGGACUGCGAACAUCCCUCCCUCUACAAGCGUAUCUUGCAAGGGCCGCGCCUAUCAAAAUACUAAGCAUUGCUAAGUGUGUAUGU